UGAUGGGUGGGGCUGGUAUAUAGAUUACGGAGAUUUGUGGUACAAGACGGCGUAGAUAGGCAACUACAUCGUGCGAGUUCAGAGACAACUAUGGACAGCAGCGAAGUGCUGAAGGAAGGCUUUUUAGUGAAAAAAGGCCAUGUUCGACACAACUGGAGGACUCGAUGGUUUGUUCUGACCAAGAAACAGUUGAGCUACUUCAGAAAACGACAGGAGUCAGUUGCAGCUGGAGUCAUUCCUCUAUGUGGUGCUACUCUCACGUGUCCCUCACCAGACUCCACCAAGAAACCGUGGUUACUACAGAUCAAGACUCAUGAUAGGAAGGAGUUCAUGAUCCAGGCACCAGACGAGAGAUGCAGAACUGAGUGGAGCACUCCCAUCGAGGAAUGCAUCCGUAGACUUGAUCCAACAAAGGAGACGCGUAGUGUUUGUUUUAGCAACAUUGCCCAUGUUCAUGGAGGAAUCUGCCACUUUUUAUGUCACAUGCCGGGAAAUUCGUGGCAUUCCCCGUUCCUCUGAGAUUUGAGAGGGAACUUUACGUGCUAACUCCCUCAGCUGAAUCUAUACAUCUUCUGUUGUGCAACAGAUCGGAACGGUUGAGAGUUUGUCGAGAACACUGACUGAAACCAGCCUGAACACUCUCGAGAUGCAACGGGAGAUGGUAAAGGCUAUGCAAGACCCAGGGGCCGGUGUAAAACUGGUAGAGUUUGGACCAAAACGCGGAAGAGCUGCUACAAAAUAUUUCACUGGGAAAGAUGCGAUAGAAUGGCUGAUUUCGUGGUCUUUUGCCAACGAUCGGACUUCGGGUGCUACUCUGGCCACAGAGAUGUUGAGAAAUGGUUUCUUUCACACUGUGAACCUUGACCCCAUCACUAACUCCCUCGCACUCUCCAAGGAUGGCAUCCUCAGUAGAGACGUAAUGGACAGCGAAGAAGCCAAAUACGUAUUUGUUUCCAUGACGUCCACCAAUCCCAACGCGGUAUUUCAGAGUGACGAUGACUCUAGUUCUGACUCAGAGGAUGACAUUCUGGCAACAUCAUCCAGACCAGAGAGCCUUGCGGCUGAAACAGGGUUCGACAGCGAUGGGAAAGUACUCAAACAAGGAUUUCUGUUGAAAAAGGGUAAGGUUUUGAAAGAGUGGAAACCAAGAAGAUUUGUUCUGAGGGAGAAGUCUCUUUACCUAUACUUCUACCGGGGCUCCAAGAGCAAGAAGCAUCGUGGGGCAAUUCCACUGUGUGGUCUGACAAUCUACGAACUGGACAAUGAAAUCAGAGAACCAGAGACUGACCAACAACUGGUGUCUGAAGGUGGCAGCAAGAGACAGUCGGCCAGAAACUCUAGGAACAAGGUCAACAGAAUCUUGCUCAUCACUGCCACAGGGGAGAGAGUGGUAGUUGAGGCUACUAGCGCCGAAGAGAGGAGUGCGUGGAUCGGGGAACUGAGAGUCGCAGUAGCUUCUUUAGACAUCACAUCUAGUUAAUCCGCUUCCAUUUACCACAUCAUUGAAUAAGAUGUGUAUAAUAUCGCAUAUCACUCACUUACUUACUCUUUGUCUUUUUAUUACCAGCUUCCUUUCACACAUUAUUGUUAAAAACAUUGACGAUCUAGAUAAUACGAGAUUUAAAAACAUUACAUGUAGUUUAAAAUUGCGAAUGAGCUGUUUUUAUAAUAUGUCGGGAUCAAUGUUGGUAAUCCUGAUGAGUGCAGAGGGUGUGGUCACCACUAUUGCCGGCUCAUCGCUACUCAACUGGAGGGUGAAGUACUCUGUCUCUUCACACAGCCCGUCGUUAACGACCUGCACAUAGGCACACUGUGUCUGGGGCCCUUCAGCCACAAAGAAUUGGAGUGGAGAAUUGUUGACUCGAUAGUCCAGGAUUUCUAAAAGAUUAUAAACAUACUUGAAGUUG